AUGUCGGCAAUCGAAAUUGUCACUGUCACUUGCACAAUCCUGGGCGCCUUGUUGGCCAUCGUCACAGUAUGCCACCAGUGUCGGUUUCCCUCGCGCUGGUGGCGGUGGCGAGAGAGCCGAAUGAGAGACCCCGAGCGGGGGGGGGUAGGCCUGGGGGAGGGGGUGGUGGUGAGGCACGAGGAGGAGGUGGUGGUGGAAGCGGACGUGCAGGGAGUCCCGCAGCCCCCCUCGAUCCCCGAACUGACCCCCGUCGACCUAGGCCUCUCUUUUCUCCCCUCGGCGGUCUCUCAACAAGGCGCCCAGGAUGCCGAAGUGUGA